UAGAUACAAACGGCGACAAUGAACAAGUUAUGGAGAAUUCUUUGGAUUCUCUGGGAUGGAUUUGCGAGAAUACAGUCAGCAUCAGUAUCGUGAAUGAAGAUUGCUUGACAACCUGGAAGAACUUUGUAACUAACUCGUUAAGGUAUAAAUUUGAAAGUUCCGAAGUUCUUCGAAUUUUGAGUUGCAUUAUCAAGGCCAUCUACAAGAAACAAGACAAGGGAGAGAGUCUCCCUUAUGGACUUUUGUCCCUGGACACUUUGUAUGAAAUGGUGUUGAGUCAUUCUCAGUUCUUGGAUAUCCUCCUUAGUACUGACAAGAACAUGGAUGCGAAAGAAAAGCUGGCAGAUCUGAUGGUCACGAUUGUAGAACUAAGUCCUAGUUGCUGCAAGUCUUCACACCUUCCUGUGCUGUUUGCAGCAUAUUCGGCGACCUUGUCAGCCACAGAUCAGUCUAUUUUGUAUCUGAUGAAUUUGUAUGAGAAAAACCACAUAUCCUUUAGGAACUACAGACCUUUUCUCUGGGGCCCAGCUGCUGCGCGCCAUCAUCAAGUCUCCAAGAGCCUGGGUCCAUCCCUACUGCAACAACCAACUGUCACUGAAGUGAUGGAACAAAUGGCUGCCAGCAAAAUGUUCCAGUCAGCGGUGUCCUUUCCUCAGGGCAGGCUUUUACAGCCUCAAGUCCAGAUGGAAGUUGCUUGUGAAGGACUCCGAGAUCUUUAUGACCCUUGUUUCCUUCUUCCGUUAUUCAGCUGUCUUCUUGCUCCAAAUUUUCAAGUCGACUGUCGGAAGUUUGUGGAGCAAGGAUGCUUAGGUUUAUCAGUGGCUGCCCUGUCCUCACGUGAUGGAAACAUGAGGAAAGCGGGGUAUCAUGUGCUCAGCAGAUAUAUGAUGCAUCUUGACGGCGUAAGAUUCAGGGAGAAAAAACAGAUUUUUCAUCUAUUGACGUAUUUGAAGAACAGUAUUACUGAAGAGUAUUGCCGCUUGUCCUCGUUGAUGACAUGCUUUUUGGCUCGUGUGGCUCUCAUUCUACUGAAACCAGAGCAUCCCUUCUACAUUAUGAUGAACAGCUUUUUGCUCCAGAGACCUGCUUUGGAUUUGAAGGAUUUACCGUUGUUUUACAACAUGUUCAACAGCAGUACUAUGCAGCACGCGACCGAGCGAUCCUGGAUGCUACAGCUCCUGGUGGAUGGUAUGAAGGACAGCCCUGAUUACUAUCUUUACAAACGGCGUCACGUGAUAGAGCUGGCACUGAGCUAUCACGAUUCACUGGUCAGUGAUCAUCGCUCACAGACGUUGGUCACUCAGUUGUUGCUCUCAGCUCUGAAGAUACAACCGGCUGCAUAUGAUCUCACCAAAAACUAUGGCAUCGUCGCCUGGAUUCACUCUCUGUGUUAUAAGAGCUCUGCAAGACUUCAGACAAGUCUGGACUUGCUACACACCCUUUGGUUUACAUUACAGUCUCCUGACAAAGAGAGUGGACAUGUGACCGAGGAGGAGAAACCUCGACGGCCUCCAAACUUGGCUCCAGAAUGCUCAUUAGUGUGCUGGACCCUUCUCGAGCAACUCAGAUCGUGUUCAAGUGUGAAUUGUAUCUGUCGUUAUUUACGCCUUCUGGCGUCCGUUUUGACCUGCCUGGAAACCAAUGGGAAACCUUCUGGCUUGUCAUAUGACCGUAUUAUUAGCUUGUUGCGCUUGUGGUGUGAAACAUUUCAAGAAACGGUGAUGCUGAAUCAAUUGCUUACAACUUUGAACCUGUCUGGAAAGUGUGACGGGGUUCUAAAAACUACAAAUGCACCUCCCGAGCAAGGGCGUGCUAAUCUCAAAACAGAAAGUCUCUCUUCAUUGCUAGCAGUGCUCUUAACAUGGAAACCGUCUGGCGUGGAAACACAUCUCACUGUUCGUCUAAUCUGGCACUUUGGAUUAGCGCAAUGUCAAAGAAAAGUCUUGAACUUUGAAACUCCUCUGGUAGGCGAGGACCAAAGAAUAAAUUGCAUUCCUUCGCUGCUGCGUUGGUUUAAAAAAUGCCUUGUGGAAGACCUUACGCUUCAAGAUCUAUUGGUGACAGAGAAAUCGGAAGUCAAGCUUAUCUUGCAGCUUUUUAGAGUAGUUCCACCCACAAACACAAAGAGCUCCGUACAAAUCGGUGAUCUCAGACGGGAUGAUCCUAAGAGCUCUCUUUUGACAGUGAUGAAGGAACUCAACAUGAUUUGUCUCGUUCUGCUUGCUGCUGUGCAGCGAGUCAAACUACAGGGUAAGGAAGAAAGUUCACCACAGCCGACAGUUUUCCAGCUUGUAUCCAAAGAGCCUUACAAUAACAUAAUUAAAGAGCUCAAAGAAGUGAUUUUUCCUUUGCUUCCCGAUCCUUGCAGUGACUUGGAGGACCGUGAUCAUCAAGAUCAAGACCUUGUUGUCCAUGAACUGGUGUCUCUUUUCGUACAAGAGUUAUGUUUGGAAAAGCCUAUUCCUCGACAGUUUCUGUCAAACUUGCUUUAUCAAUGUGAUAAUGGUUACCCUGUGGUCCAUUCACUGAUUCUAGCGUUUGGUGGAGAAAAGUCCGUUUUGAAUUGGAUACAAAAGGAUGAUUCUUGAAAGCUGAGGCUGUCUAUAGCUUCAGUUUUGCAUGCAUGGUGGUGUUAGAAAUGAGAAAAAUUGAACUUAUUUUUUAGGUGAAUAAGCUCCUCGGUCUAUCUUAGACUGAAAAUGUUAAAAAAGUAAACAUCAAAAACCUUGGAGGGUGAUAGCAGCAGAACCUUGGUGAUACAGUAUCAGGUAAUACCAACUGCAAUAUCUCUGCUGCAGAUAAAAAUAAUCACUUGGAUCAAUGUAUUUUGGUUUCGACUUGUCAAAAACUAUCAAAACGAAAAACUUUUUGUUUUACCAAGUGCCCCAUGUACAAUAAAGAAACAAGAACUCACUGCAAGCUUUGAAUUCAAGUAUAAUUUAUUAUGAAAGUCAGAUCAAAAUUCCAGAGAUGUGCUUGUGCUGCUGUCUUCUCUUCCAGAGUUUGAAUCUGCCCCACAAUCAGCACUGCUUAAGACCUCAAUCUGAAUAAAGUACAAGUAAAUUAACUGGUAAUUCAUACUUACUCAUAAGACAAAAAUAUAAAAGCACAAAAAAGGAGUACUGCAGUGGGAGAGUGAAAGUAAAAAAACACAACAACAACAAAAACAGAUUAAAAUCCAAAUUAAAGUGGUAGCAGAUGAUGAAAUCAAUUUCAGUCUCACCUGACACUUUUGGUCUAAAAGUAUACUUUUACCAGUAGUUUAGUUCAUCACUUUAACAUUAUCAACAGGAGUCAGUUAAAUUAUGAAAUACUGAAAAAUCAUCACAGUUACCUGAGCUUUGGUUGUUUUUCCAAUUCCCAGCCUAAGAAGAAAUAUAUAUCUUGGACAUUAGAAAGGGAGGUGAAAUAUAUACAUUGGACAUUAGAAAGGGGGUGUUCUUAUGUUUUGCAAAGUUAAAAAUUUUACUGAGGCCUCCAAAGCCCUUAACAGAUUUUGAACACAUUUGAGAAAUAAUAGGUAUUCUGCAUGUUUUCUGAAGAUCUUGGUCUAUGAAUGUGAGAAUCAUACUGCCUCUACCUCCAUCUUGCAUUAACAUUGCUUGUUAAGAUAUUAGAUUUCACAUGACUGUAAGGUGCUAUUAAUUUACCAAAUGAAUAAGCCUUAUCUCCACUUCUGUGUAGGUUAAUUCAACACCUUGGCUGUAUUGUCAGAAAACAGGACAUUUUUGGGAAAACUCCUCUAAAAACAAAUCCUGAUGUAGUAUUAACCCUUCAAUAACUUUUUUCCUGCUAAACCUUCUUCAAGUAAUGUGACUAGUACUCUUUACUUAGGUAAUCCCUUGUUGAGUCCUUCUAGCAGCACACAUGCUUUGCACAAUGGUUGACUUGAUAUAUAUCCACAUCUCUUACAAAAACCUAAAACAAAUGAAAGUUAUCCAAUGGAUUUAACUUUUUCUGGUGCUUGCUCACACAAUAGAAACCUACAUGUACCACCAGGUAUAAAUAAAAUCUAUGUGUAGUGGUAGCCUUAUUAGAUAAAGCUCCAACACACAAUACCUCCCUAAGGACACCUAAAAGAGUGAAGUCUUUAAACAUCCUAAAUAACUGAUGCUGUUAGAGCUCAUCCUGGUUUUGUUACCUUGAGUCUACUGGUGGUAUAAAAUUGAGUACAGUAUCACACUUGUCAGUGCUGUUUUGUUCUGUACCAGAAUGUAAAAUCACAAUUUCUUUUAUAAAAGUAAUACCUUGUACUGGCAUCUUUACAUCUUUUUUCACAUACAAGCUCUCUCCAGAGUGAAUUAUGUCUGAUAAAAAUAAAUAAGAUGACAUCAAGAGAGUCUGAUGUAUUCUUAAUCCAAAGAAUUCCUAACAAUAGUCCAAUGUUCACAAUCAUCAAAUUACUCAACUUUGCUUCCCCGCUCUGUCAGUAUUCUCCUUUUCAGGCCAUAUCUGGUAAAAUUUACUUCCUGUAGUACCUCUUAUUACAAUUUAAAAUUGCUCGUAAUUCUUGAUAAUUAACAGGUAAAAGAAUUGCUCUUCAAAUUUGAACAUUUUUUUUACCUGUUGUACUGAAAAUAAGGCAGAAACACUGUUCUGUAUAUUUGGUGAAGUCCAUGUAGUAUUGUUUUGAAUGGAUCCCA